AAUUCAGCAAGCUCUCGUCAGUCUCGCAAUGGCGUUAGUGAGCGUUGGUCGUGUGUUCGUUUAGUUUCGCAACAUCCCGAGCGGACACCGGCCCAAAAUAUUGGCCUGUCUAUAUCUGCUCGAAUUACUCGGAAAUAUUUCCUGUAAUUCUAUUAAGCAAACAAGCGACAUAAACGCUGCCACGGACAGUCAAAUUUUGGUACGAUAUCCACUCAGGGCGAAUCAUUUCAAGAUCAUGUUCAUCUCAUCGUAGUUCCUCAUCGUUUUAAGUGUUUUGUGUGUGUUGUGAACUUAAGUGUUAAAGUGACAGUGUUGUGAUGGAUCCGGGAUCGCCUUCGUUGUUGUUUCCGCUGCGCCUGAGCAAGCCGGCGGUGACGCUGCCGGUGCCGGCGACAGAGGAUGUCAAGGUUGAGGAUCGGGCGCAGUCUCCGUCCCUGGCGGAGCGGCUGUCGGCAGCGCCGCCGUCGCCAGCCAGUCCAGCGCCCACCAGUCCACCUCCCCCUCAGCAUCAGUUCCAGGCGGCACUGGUCGCAGAGAAAUACCUCCUACUCGAACAAGUCGAAGGUUCCUCUCUUUGCCGGUGUGUGGACGUGCGCACGCAAGAGGAGUAUGUCUGUAAAGUUGUAUCGAGAGACUGCAGCAGCUUACUCCAAGCCCACUACAGGCUAGAUGGCCAUCCGCACGUAAAUCCUAUCCACGAAGUUCUAGUCGGCGACAAGAGAGUGUACCUAAUAUUCCCUCGAUCGCAUUCCGACCUCCACUCAUACGUGCGAGCGAGGAAACGGUUACGGGAACAUGAAGCCCGGAGACUGUUCAGGCAAAUGGCUGAAACGGUGGCCGCGUGUCACGAGCAGGGGAUAGUCUUACGGGAUCUCAAAUUAAGGAAGUUCGUCUUCGCGGAUCCUCAGAGGACGACGUUAAAAUUAGAAUCGCUGGAAGAUGCCGUCGUUCUCGACGAUCCUGAGGAAGACCUCCUUCAAGACAAGAGGGGAUGUCCCGCUUACGUGUCGCCGGAAAUCUUAAGAGCUCAUAGAACGUACUCUGGGAGAGCCGCCGAUAUGUGGUCGCUCGGAGUCAUCCUCUACACCAUGCUCGUUGGGAGGUAUCCGUUCAACGAUUCGGAGCACGCGUCAUUGUUCGCGAAGAUCUCGCGGGGUUACUUUGUGGUGCCGGAAUGUUUAUCGUCACGGGGGAAGUGCCUGAUCCGGUCGCUGCUGCGGCGCGAGGCGUGCGAGCGGCUGAGCGCGCGCGACGUGCUGCGGCACCCGUGGCUGGCGCGCGACCCGCGCAACGAGCUGCCGCCGCGCGCCGCCGCCUCGCACGACCGCCUCGUGCCGGACCUCGACAUCGACCUAGACUGCAUCUAAUCCCAACACUAGCCUCCGACCGACGAAGCAUUUCACUAUUUAUGAUUUUGUUGAUUUUAAAAGUUGCAUACGGACGACGGUCAGUCGUCUGAAGUGCAGCUCCCGGUGCUGGCAUCGGUCUACCAGUUUCGACGUCCAGGCUCCUCGCAAUGGACGCAAAUGAAUUUGUUAAGUCGAUCCGGCCUAACCCGUAGCUUGCGGUUGCGCUCACUGAAAUAGUCCAUUACGUAACCGAUAUCGAUGCCGCGUGUUCAAAAUAUUUCAGUAGUGACCCGAAGCCAAAUAAAGGUCUCCCUGGAGAUUUGUCUUAGAUUAAGGCCCCGGUAGUCGCGCGGCGGCUGGCCCGCCCCGCGAUCCUUAUUUAUGUGUGAGCUGGACGACAAUACUAGCCGCGCUCCGCGGAUUUUAUUGGCGGUCAGGCUUUACGAGCUGUGGUGUAGUCGUAAUGUUUAUAAUGACAGAAUAAGUGAGACUGAUAUCGCGUUCUUGUGAUUUAUCCUCGGAAACGAUAGCGAUCCAACUGUUGUGAAUGGGGGCCGCGGUCCUCGGGACAGGGCCCACAGGCUUGUCUCGCGGCCCGCUCGACCCGACAGCUACAAGUUAUUUAUUAAAAGCGUUAACUAUUACCUUAAAUCCUCUUAAGCUAAUGUAAUCAUAUCAAUUUCACAACAAUAUAAAUGGGUAUAUUGCAUUGAAAUUGUCGCAGUAGUGUUAGGUAAAUUACCUAUGUAUAUUUUGUAUUUAUAUAAAAGUAAAGUUAUAUUGAGUAAUUGUGAUCUCCACCGAUGUUAUUUAGCGAUAACUUGAUUGCCAUUAUGUUGUUUACAGAAGUUAUAGACCUUUUGUUGCACAAUGUUCAGUUGCUUCCAUCAUAGAGUUAUUUUGAUUAUAUUAUUUGGUUAUUAUUAAAUCGUGAUUAUUUGGCAAAUCUACAGAACGAAAUUAUUAUUAUGUUAUUAUUAUCAACCAAAAUUAUAUUAAAAAUUAAAAUUAUAUACACAUCACCAUGUACCGAAAAUGGUCGUAGAUUUGGUCUGUGCCAUUUAUUUAAUUUAAACAUAAUAAUUUAUUGUUUGUAUCGCGCUGUGUUAGCCGGCACUCUUCUUCCUAAUAAAAUUAAUUAUUAUUUCCAUUUGGUACUUGGUGUUGAGUUUUUAUUUUGAUUGAUUCGAGAUCAAUUUCGAUUUUAGUUUUUAUUGAUAAAUUAUUUUUUCAAAAUCAAGAUAAUCGGAAAUGUUACCAUGUCUAAAUUGUUGAUUUGUUAACGAAUCUUUUUUUUUUCCUUUCAAUCAUUUUGUUCAUUUUCAAACUGUUUGGGAUUCCUGGGGAUUGUAAAGCGCCGUAAAAUUGACUGGUGAAAGUCCGAAUCUAAAAAAGUCAAUUUUAUUGGGCGUUCCCCUUCAAUCUUGAAACUGUAGUCAAGUCUUUCAAUGAUGAAAGCGUAUUGUACAAUAGUAGCUUACUAUGUAAUAUAUAAAAUUACUACUUUAAUUUAUACAAACUGUAAAUAGAGCUAAGAUAACAUAAGGAUCAAAAAAGAAAGAAUGAUAGAGGGAAUAAAAUAAUUUAGAAAAAUUA